AUGACCGACACUGCUGACGUCUCGCGAGGCUGCCGCGGCUACGAGGAGAAUCACGUGCAGAACUGGUGCGGCAACAUCUCCUUCGGCAGCAAGCAGAAGUUCGUGCCGUCCACUGUGGAGGAGUUGCAGCAGGUCGUGCGGGACGCAGCACCGCCGCUGCGCGUGAUCGGGCGCGGCCACUCCUUCUCGCCCGUCGCCGAGUGUGCAGGAGGUACGCUCGUGAGCCUCGCUCGCCUCAACCUUGUCCUCGACUUCCAGCCGCCGUCCGAUGGAAGCGUCGGCUCCAUCACAGUCCAAGGCGGGACAACCUACUCAGAGAUUGCCAAGUACCUAGCCGUCGGGCGGCGCGGCGCGCUUCGAAAUUUGCCCUCGUGUCCGCAGUUCACCGUCGCCGGCGCCAUUGCAACCGGCACGCACGGCUCGGGCGUCCACAUCCCGAACCUAGCCGCCGACGUCUCGAUGCUCGAGUUUGUGCGCGCCGACGGCACCCUCGUUCGCUACUCGCGCGAGACUGACGCCGCCACGCUCGAGGGCUGCCGCGUCCACUUGGGCUGCCUCGGCGUCGUCAGCGAGCUCCGCCUCGACGUCGUCCCCUUCUUCGAGGUCGACGCGCGCACGUAUGCGGAUGUGCCACUCGAGGCGGCGGUGCGGGCGCUGCCCGAGCUGUGGACGCGGUGCGACUCGCUCUCGGUGUGGACGUCUGGCUUCGGGCGCGGCGGCGCGGAAGUCGGGGACAGCGACCUCUUGAAGCUUGCAGAUCCCUUCCCUCGACUCGAGCCUUUAGGCGCGGCGGCCCCGCUCGAGGCAGCGCUGCUGGGCGAGAGCGGCUACUUGCUCGAGCGGCCGAUGGGGCGCUACUGCAGCGACGUCGACGCUCCGACGACCUACUCUCCGACGCGCCGGGAGCCGUGGCACUCUGCGCUCUCCCUCACGCUCGACGACCAGGCGGAGGAGACGUCGAUGGCGGUGGUGGACCUGCAGGCGGAGUUCUUCGUCCCGCUCGAGCGUGCGACCGAGGCGCUGCGCGCUGUCUGGGCCGCGUCCGCCGGGUGGGCGUUUGGGUCGCCGCCGACGAGCGCGGAGCGCGUCAAGGGCCUCGUCAAGGGCGACAAGGCGUGGCUCUCGCCCGCGCCGGUCGACUCGCUCGGCAUCCACGUGUCCUUCAACGCGGACCUCGCCGUGCGCGACGAGGUGAUGGCGGCGGUGCCGGCGCUCGAGGCGGCGCUCGCGCCUUUUGGCGCGCGGUUUCAUUGGGGGAAGCUCAGUUGCCUACGGGCCGCGCGGGUGGCGGAGCUGUAUGGUGAGGGCCUCGAGCAAUUCCGGUCUCUGUGCGAUGACCACGACCGCGAGGGCAAGUUUAGGAACGACCACGUGAGUGAGCUUCUCUGGCGGCGAGCGGCUCCUGAGUGCUGA